GUCAUAUUCCACAGCAAUAUAACUACACAGCAGGGAUACUUUAACCAUCAAAACUGUGAACAUGACAGCGAGUGAGAUGAAGCCAGAGAGUGUGACGAUGCAUCCCCUGGGCACAGCAGCUGCCCCUGUGCCAGAGCUGCUGUGUAUCUUCGGGACGGGGGACAUUGGACGCUCACUGGGCAUGCGUCUGCUCCAGUCUGGCUACAGGGUGGUGUACGGCAGCCGCAACCCAGACAGCUGUGGCCCCUUGCCUCAGGGAGCUCAGGUGAUGAGCCAUGCAGCAGCUGCUCAGGCAGCACAUCUGAUCUUCAUAUGUGUUCACAGAGAACACUAUGAAUUCCUGGAGCGACUUGCACCUCAACUUGAAGGAAAGGUGCUGGUGGACCUCAGUAACAACCUGAAGAAAGGCAUGUACCCAGAGGCCAACGCUGUCUACUUGCAGGGACUGGUCCCUGGGGCUGAUGUGGUGAAAGGCCUUAACACGCUGUCUGCCUGGGCCCUGCAGAAUGGACUUCUGGCAGGAAAACAGGUGUACCUGUGUGGGAACAGUGCAGAAGCAAAGCAUGCAGUCGCAGAAAUAGCCACUAAGCUGGGCCUCACUGUUCUGGAUAAAGGGACUCUGUCUGCAGCCAGAGAGUUGGAGGACUUCCCUCUAAGGCUGUUCCCAGAGUGGAGACUGCCGCUGUGCUUGGCCUUUGGCCUCAUCGCCUUCUUCUUCUUCUAUCUACUCAUCAGAGAUAUCAUCUACGCUUAUGUUGAACAGGGCAAAAACACCUCCUACAGAAUCAUGAUAUCCCUAGCCAACAAGGUGUUUCCAAUUGUGUCUCUGAUCAUGCUGGCUCUGUGUUACCUACCUGGUGUUAUAGCUGCCUUCCUUCAGCUCUACAGAGGGACCAAGUACAGGCGUUUCCCUGAUUGGCUGGACCGCUGGAUGCUGUGCAGGAAGCAGAUUGGUCUGCUUGGACUGGGCUUAGCUUUACUUCAUGCCAUCUAUACAGUCAUCAUUCCUAUUCGCUAUGCUGCCAGACACAAAUUCAUCUCACGUGUGGUGGAUGAGAUACAGAACAAUAAAACCACCCCAUUUUACUUUGACAAUACACAAGCAUGGGCCACAGACUCCUUCUAUGUGGUGGGAAUCUUGGGCCUCUUUCUUUAUGUCGUACUAGGACUAACAUCUCUGCCCUCUGUGGGAGGCACUCUCAGCUGGAGAGAGUUCAACUUUAUUCAGUCUAAGCUGGGCUACCUGACGCUGUUCAUAUGUACGGCACAUGGCUACAUUUACGCCUGGAACAAAUUUCUUCGUUUGUCUACCUACAAAUGGUACACUCCUCCGGGCUCCAUGCUCGUUCUGAUUGUGCCUUCUGUGGUGCUGGUGCUCAAGGUGGUGCUCCUUUUGCCCUGUGUUGACCGUACCCUAACUCGCAUUCGACAAGGCUGGGAGAGGACACAGACCAGAGAAGAGAUGGGCAUGAAUAGGGCCACCAACUUUUGA